CACUCCUCCAUAAAGCCCUCACUCGCCCAGAGCCAGAAGAGCCCGGUCAGGAUGGAGAGGAGACGGGUCACCUCAGCUGCUCAGCGCUCCUACACCUCCUCCUCUGAGAUGGUGGUGGGGGGCCCGGCUGGUGGCCGCCGCCUGGGCGCUGGCACCCGCCUCUCCCUGGCUAGAAUGCCGCCCCCACUCCCAGCCCGGGUGGACUUCUCCCUGGCCGGGGCCCUCAAUGCCAGCUUCAAGGAGACACAGGCCAGCGAGCGGGCAGAGAUGAUGGAGCUCAAUGACCGCUUUGCCAGCUACAUCGAGAAGGUGCGCUCCCUAGAGCAGCAGAACAAGGCGCUGGCCGCCGAGCUGAACCAGCUGCGGGCCAAGGAGCCCACCAAGCUGGCUGAUGUCUACAAGGCUGAGCUACGGGAGCUGCGGCUGCGGCUCGAUCAACUCACAGCGAACAGUGCCCGGCUGGAGGUGGAGAGGGACAACCUGGCGCUGGACCUGAGCGUCCUGAAGCAGAAGCUCCAGGAAGAAACCAACCUGAGGCUCGAGGCUGAGAACAACCUGGCCGCCUAUCGACAGGACGCAGACGAAGCCACUCUGGCCCGUCUGGAUCUGGAGCGGAAGGUUGAGUCCCUGGAGGAAGAGAUCCAGUUCUUGAGGAAGAUUCAUGAGGAGGAGAUGCAGGAACUCCAGGAGCAGCUGACCCGGCAGCAGGUCCACGUGGAGCUGGAUGGGGCCAAGCCAGACCUUACAGCGGCCCUGAGAGAGAUCCGCUCGCAGUAUGAGGCAGUGGCGUCCAGCAACAUGCAUGAGACGGAGGAGUGGUACCGGUCUAAGUUCGAAGACCUGACCCACACUGCUGCUCACAAUGCCGAGCUGCUGCGCCAGGCCAAGCACGAGGCCAGUGACCAGCGGCGCCAGCUGCAGGCCUUGACCUGCGACCUGGAGUCCUUGCGCCGCACGAACGAGUCCUUGGAGAGGCAGCUGCGCCAGCAGGAGGAGCGCCACGCGCGGGAAGCUGCCAGCUACCAGGAGGCGCUGGCCCGGCUGGAGGAGGAGGGGCGGAGCCUCAAGGACGACAUGGCACGCCACCUGCAGGAGUACCAGGACCUACUCAACGUCAAGCUGGCCCUGGACAUCGAGAUCGCCACCUACAGGAAACUGCUGGAGGGCGAGGAGAACCGCAUCACCAUUCCCGUGCAGACCUUCUCCAACCUGCAGAUCCGAGAAACCAGCCUGGACACCAAGACCGUGUCAGAAGGCCACCUCAAGAGGAACAUCGUGGUGAAGACCGUGGAGAUGCGGGACGGAGAGGUCAUUAAGGAGUCCAAGCAGGAGCACAAGGACAUGAUGUGAGGGGGCCCACCUAGUGGCCCCCACUCUGCAGCCGGAGGGCCCUGCAGUGAGAAAGGAUAGUUGUUCCGCUCUGCCAGCUAAUUCCCCUUGCCUUACUGCUCUCCUGCUCCCUCCAUCUCUUCGCCAGCUCUGUUCCAGGCUCUGUCAGCAGGCCUGUGAGACAGUACCCACCCUGCACCCAGAAACUCCAACUAGUAGGACACUCACCCCAAGGCGAGGACCUGGAAGUGCGUGGCCAGCAGCUUGGGCUUGAAUUGGGAGGGGGAGAGAAGAUGGAGAGGGCAAAGGGAUCUAAUAACUCACCCUCUGUAGCCCCAAUCUCUGCUGUCAUGGCAACUGUUGCCAGAGUUGGGGGUCUCUGGAGGCAUCUGGAGAAACUGCGUCUUUGAGCUUCCUCAGGCUGCUGGAGGAAAACUGAGAUUCUAAGAUGGGAGGGGAAAGCAGGGCAACCCUGACCGGAGGCUGGCUCUGGACUAACCCUGCCCCAGUCUGAGAAUGGGUGGUCGGGGACACUCUGACGCCCAGCCCCCAGAUGGGAUUCCUGGCCUGCUCAGAUCCCUGAAGGGCCUCCUGCGUGGCAACUGAAGUGUCUCAGCCAAACAGGGCUGCCAUGUGGCAUGCUGUGGGCAUGUGGUGGGCACGUGGGAGCUUGAUGCCCAGCACUCGGGGGGAGCUAUAGAAUAAGUGGAGAGGGAAGGGGGGUCAGGAGGGAAGAGGGGGACUGCCUGGCUCUUAGGUAUGGGCACAGAGAGAGAUCAAGCCCAGGAGGACUCCUGCAUCCAGGCUGCAGUGGUGGGGCAGGGAGAGAUGGUAGCAGAGAAGGUUGGGAGGAUCCCCUGGACGUCAGAGCUGGGAGCGUGGGUGACACAUUGUUAUCUGGGUCGUGGCAAUCAAGAAAGUGAUUCCUCCUCUUGAAGAUGCUAAAAGAGGAGAGAAAGGGCUGCCGUCCAUGGGCUGAGGUGCAGCUGUCACAGUUCCCACACUCCUGCCUCACUGCACCAUUGAUCCCUGUUCACCUCUGGGUGCCCCCAAAUCCAGCAAAUACUGCUGGGUAAAGUCCUGCCACAUAGCUGAUCCUCUCCAGUCCACAGUGACCUAAGCCCAGGGCCCCUGGGAUCCCCUCCUCUGAAACAUGAAGUGUGCCCCCAUGUUUUAGGGAGCACCCUAUUUUCAGGAAAUUGAGGCAGGAGCUAAGUAAAGACCAUAGAUUGUGUUCCUACAGCUUGGACGUGGGGAGCCCCUGCUCUGUGGUCCAGGGAAGACUGAAGAGCAUGGAGUUAGGGGCUGAGUGGGCCCAUUCCGCGUCUCCCUCUCCCCUCUAGGACCAGAGGGCAGGGAAAAUGAGAGUUCUUCCCUCUUUUCAAGACUUAGUGUCCUUUCCCCUCUCCUGCCUGCCACCACAGCUAUUAGCCUGCAGGAUGCAGUCGCUACUUUUAGUCACUGAGGAAAAAUAAACCCACCUGCUGGAACCUUC